ACCUUUCUUUCAUCAAUUAGAGUUCUGCAAAACCCUAGUUGUCUGUUACUAUAUAUAUACACCCAUUUAUAUAUUUUGGGUCUGUGUGUUUCAUGAUUCCUCGAUUUGCUUCAAUCGAACUAUCAUCCCCUUUUAAUUGUUUUGAUUUGUUAAUUUGAUGUAAUUUUUGUUGUUGUUGUGGUGACUGUUCGAACGCAGUAUUUUUGCGGAAGAAAACCAGUGAGUGCACAAUCUCGAAAUUUCUGUUCAUCAUACCAUGGAAGAGGUCAUUUCAUUUUUGAUUUACUUCGUGCUUACUUUUUUAUUUUUCUUUUUCUUUUUCUUUGUUAUUAGUAGUAUUAUCGAGCUUUUAUUGGCUGGCCCUCUCUAGAUUCUGUGUUUUAUAUAUAAACUUCUUUGCAAGUUCUUCCUUUUUUGCACUGCAGCGAAAAAUCCAGGUAAUUGAAAAAAAAAAAACCUAUCUCUAUAUAGUUGAGCCAAAGAAGAAAUCAUAGAUCUCUAAAGCAGCAUCAAACACGCUAAUAUGCCAAUGAAUUUACAUGGUUCAAAACUUAAAAGAAACUAAGCAUCAAAAUGCAUAUUUGAACUUGCUAUCAAAAAUUAAGUUUAUUUAUUUAUUUAAUUUUACUUUCAAAUUCUUGACCUUGAAUGGGUAUUUUGCCUGAAAUUGUAGCGAACGGUUAUAGAAAUCAUGACAGUUGCCUUCACUAGAAUCCUUGCACCUAAGCAUUUUUAGCUUUAAAAGGUCAUUAAAAUGGAAAUGGAAUCCUUGAGUUUCUAAGAGAUUUAUGUUGCACAUACUUAUGAGUUUCUAAGGGUUUCCACGUACCCAUCGAAGCAUUGUAAGGGUUAGAGAGCAAUGAGAUAUAGUCAACACUACAAUUAAAGUUUAAUUUGUCAACAGAAAAAUGCUGACAAAAGCCAGUGUGUAGCCUAUCAGGACAGAUGAUUUUCCGUUAUCAGUUACUUGCUUGUGGAAUAUUAGCUUGAAUGUUUUCAUUUAUGUAUUUUAAGUCGGAUACAUAUAUAUUGUUUUGCUGUACCAAAAAUAGUUGAUGUAUCUUUUCAAUAUAUGAGGUAUUCGUAUUUUUUUCUCUCCUAUCAUGAGCAAGCAAAAAAUAUAUGUAAUCCUGAUAUUAUUGGGACAAACACUUGUUUUCCCAGCUAUGUUGCUCUUUUUGUCCACUGCUGACAAGUUCUUUGUGUGUGCCUUACGUUGCUUUCCAGAUGAGCGAUCCCUAGAACAGGAGGCUGAAAGAAAAAUAGGAUGGGUGUUGAAAUUGAUCUUUGCUGGGACGGCAACAGUUGUUGGUUACCAGUUCUUUCCAUACUUGGGAGAUAAUUUGAUGCAGCAGUCUGUGUCACUUCUGCAUGUCAAGGAUCCUUUGUUUAAAAGAAUGGGAGCUUCCAGAUUAGCCCGUUUCGCAAUAGAUGAUGAAAGAAGGAUGAAAAUAGUGGAGAUGGGUGGGGCUCAAGGGCUUCUGAAUAUGUUGGGGGCUGCUAAAGAUGAUCGUACAAGGAAGGAAGCUUUGAAGGCUCUUCUUGCUCUCUCACGUUCAGAUGAAGCUGUUGGAGCUCUGCAUGAUGCUGGAGCAAUCUCACUCAUCACAUCCACCCCAGAUUCAGCAGAGGAUGUUGAAGUCGAAAGAUUCAAAUCGAAUCUGCUGAAGAGAUUCCAGGAUCUGAGAUAUGAGGCUAGCUCCUGA